UACCCACAUAAUUUCCUCUCAUCCUGCGCUUCGUAGAAAAGAAAGUUGAAAGGUUUCGUAUUGCGGCGCUCUCUCUCUCUCUUCAAUCGGCCAUGAUAUUCGAGGUUCAUUCAGAUUCAGAGGAGGAAAGCGGGCGUCCACCUCCAGGCGGUGUACGACUCGUUCCCGUGAGGGACCGUUACGGUAGCUCCUCGGGGCCACCCACAGCUGCCGCGCAUCUCCACGCAGUACGCGAGCGCUCGCCCUCCCUCCCCGUGGCUCCGGUGGUCAACGUAGAAGAGGUGGACGGUGGAGGAGAUGUGGGGAGGGGAGGGAGACAGCGCCAUCUUCCCGGGGCGUCCUCCAUUAGCGGUCUCCGACGCGGACACGUCAAGGCCCCGUCUGCCGACUGGAGCGCAGAUGUAACGUUCGCACGGAAGGGAAGCCCGUCCGAAAUCUCUUUCGACAGCGAUUCGUCGGAGUCGGCUCUGCUACCGACGCAGUCGCUCCCUGCGCACGUAACGCGCGCCCGGACGCUGACGAUGGAUUCGGACACGUUGGUUCUCAGCAUGGGUCGAGACAUGGUCAAACAAGGCAGCGAACUUUCGGACACGGGAAGCCUCAUUGUCCCCCUCGUGCGGGGGCACACAAUCUCAGACGAUUCCGCAGAAGAGGGGGAAUACGUCGACCAUGAGCGAAAACUUCUCUACUUGAUGGUGGCGCGGUGCAUCGCCUACCCUUUCAACGCCAAAUACCAGCUCGAGACAGCUCCGCCUAAACCGAAACUAAACGAGGCUCGAUUCACGGGCAUCGUCGAUAUUCUCGAGACCUGUCGAAACCAGGACUGGGAGAUCAUUGCGAAAUCUGCCAUCUCGAUCAGCGCGGCCGAAAACAAGUGUCUGCGCGGCGACAAGUUUCUCAACUGUCUCGACUGGUACCUCGACAACGUCCUAGCGCGAAGCGAUGUUGUUUCGAUGAGCCACAGUGGUAGCUUCUCCGUGAAGGAACUGGAAUCUAUUUUCAAAGUUCUGGCGACAAAACACAUUAUGUACACGAGCAAUGCGCUGGACGUCGACAGUACAGAGCUUCACACCUGGUGCAGCACUUUCAGGAAGUUGGUCGAACACGGCGCCCGCACCACGCUACGCGGGGUUCGCGUCCCCAGUCCCGGCGGUGCGAGCGGGGCGGUCGGAGGGGCAGGUGGAGGAGGAACGGGUCCGAAUCGUGAGAAUCUGUACAAGUUGUUCCAGAAGAUUCUGAACGUUAAGAGGAUCGAGCAUCAGGUCCUGUACAGAGUUUGCCAGCUUGGUGUGAAAGAGGAACAAGAGGCGGUGGUGAGAAGGGAGCUGCAGAAGAGGGAGCUGAUUCUCAAAGACAAGCGAGCCACGCUACAAGAAGGGAAAUUUGGGAGCCGGCGCGUGGAGGAGAUAUAUCGCGAGGAGGAGCUGAAACACCUCAAGGCCCUCAUGCUCAACCUUGACCACCUCUCUCUGGCCACGCCUGGCACCAACCCAAACCCUAGUCGGAAAAAGAAGCUGGUCUCGACAGACAGCGGCGGAGGAACCAUCCACAAACAGAACCUCUCCUUCUCCCUAAAACUGAAAGUCACCGUCAGGAGCUGCAGCAGUUCACCUCGCCGACCGACGGCAAGAGAGUCUUCUGUGUCUUUGAGGUAUUAAGGUGUCUCCGAUCUGAGGUGGAAGGUGGAAUCCUUCUCCAAUGACACAUCUCUAAUAAGGACAACUUUUCUUAGAAUCGUUCCUGCAUGCAAUGUUGUAAUCUCCACCCUCCCAGCUGGUGGACGGAAGUAGCGAUCCGUUGCAGACGCACCCCGAGCUGGUGUCUGAGUCUGGCGGCGCCACAUUCGACAUUGCGGGGGAGUUCUGGACCCACUCCCCCCUCCCCGAGAUCAGAUACACCCUCCGACAGGAGACAAAGGGGCUCUUCUCCGACGACAAGAUUAUCGCCAAGGUAACGGAGAAACAUAGCAACGGGUACACUACAACUUUGUCAAAUACCAGUCAGCAGUACGUAUAAAAUGUUCAUACAUUCUCACAUGAUGGGCCAUUAUGCGGCUAAAUUUUGCAGUGCUUUUUCCAUCCCUCCCUAGCACUAGCAUUUGUAUGGCCGGGUACAUACGUAGGUGCUCCUCAUAUAGUGUGUGUGAUAAAAAUGCAUUCUGAAAGCAGUCUAGACAGAGCCACCAUUUGGCCGAGGAGUCAGUGUUCUCUACCGGCAACUAUAGACGUACAGGGGCUUCCAUCCAUUAGGUCCUGGCACUGCCAUACCGCUGCUCCAUUGUCAUUAGGGUGCAUUAGAGGGUUCGCCCCACGUAGAGACUUCUUGCCAAUUUUCUGAUUCCCCUCUCUUUGGCACUUGACCUGCUCUCUUAGCCGUAUUAUUAUAGCAUUGUCCCAAUACACUAUUGCAUAAUAGCUACAUAUGUACGUAUGCAUAUACUUAUGUGUCUGCCAGUAGUACGUGUAGGUAGCCAAAGACUGUGAUCAAAUGCCCAGUGUGUUUGUCGUACCAGAGUUUGACUUCCAGCAGUUCUUUACUGCACAAUCUCUCGCUCUAAAUCUCUGACCUAACCGACGGAGAAUUUGAAGAGAUUUUGCAAUUCCAUCACAUAUAGGGAGACCUCUGUGUGUAGUGUUUCUGUGGUGAGGUGGAGCUUGGACGACUGCCAAAUUGGCAUCUGUCAGCAAACACACCAGCUUCACCCUUCCUUUCUAUGGCACCUCUCUCUCUCUCUUCUCCUUCUCCCUUCUCUCUCUCCUCUCUCUCUCUCUCUUCUCCUUCUCCCUUCUCUCUC